AUGGCGGAUAGCGACGAUGAUGAUACGCUAGCAAGCUUUGGAACGCCAUUUGAGCCCUUAGAGGAAGAUGCUCCGCGUAAAAAAGCUGUCCCGGUUCACGACCAAAUUGUUACAGAUACUGAAGGGAGAAGACGAUUUCAUGGCGCAUUCACGGGUGGUUUUUCAGCCGGGUAUUUUAACACGGUCGGAACGAAAGAGGGAUGGCAGCCCUCGACUUUCAUCUCUUCUCGCUCCAAAAAAGGCGAGCAAAGACAACAGAGGCCAGAGGAUUUUAUGGAUGAUGACGACAUGGGAGAGUUUGGAAUUGCUCCAAAAAGAAUCGCGACAAAAGAACAGUUUUUGUCCUGGGAAAGCGGGCUCGAAAAUCGUCGUAAACGUAUAGAGACUUCUGAUGAUUCGGAGAGAGUUAUCCCGGGGGUACCUCCGCUACAGGAUCUCGUAGUGCCAGUGAAAAUGUCCGUGGGAGUUGAACUGCUAAAGAAGAUGGGGUGGAAGGAAGGACAGGGAGUUGGACCUCGGGAACGAAGAACUGGAAAAAAGGUAUAUGGCUGUUCACUCCCAUCAGCUUUGUCUUCAUCACAAACAGUUGACAAUGGCAAGGAUGAGGAAGACGAUAUAUUUGCAGUGGGUUUGCUAUUUGCACCAAAAGAUGUGGAUGUGUUUUUGUUUACUCCUAAAGAUGACAAACAUGGACUUGGUUACAAGGGACUGGACCCAUCCACUGCUCUUUUUCAUCAAGAAAACUGGCUUGGAAUGGAUUCUGUGACAAGAAGAGUUGGAAGGAAGGGCAUAUCUGGAGAGGCUUUUGGUGUUGGUGCAUUUGAAGAAGCAGAUGACAACAUCUAUGCAAUGGAUCACAUGUCUAACUAUGACACUGAAUUGGGUGGAGACACAAGCUCUGGACUUCAUGGUUGGACAGGCCCUCAAAAAGAAAAUUCUAGAGGAGGCGCCUUGUCGAUUUUCACCACAAAACCCAAAGCUAUGGAUGCAUUUAAAACCUUUCCACCUCCGGUGGUGCCUCGCAAUUUUGAUUGUACCCACAAGUUCGACGAUUCCAAGACUGUUCAGAAAUCCUCCGGUGAAGGUUCGAAUAGGAAGAAAAUUUUAACUGCAAUGGAUAGAGCAGAAAUGCUGGGAGAAGAACCACUUCCAGCGCCUCAGAAAUCUGUGUUUGAGUAUCUUUCUGAAGAGGACAAGAAACGAGUGUUGUCUGCUUCGAAGAGUGAAAUAUCAAAGCCCUCUAGUAAAAUACCAUCGGAAGGAAGGAGUUCUGCAGUUAAUGAUUCCUCUCAAAAGAGUGCACCCUCUUCCCGUUGGUCUUGGUCUGGUCACAGCAGUUUUAAACCGUUUGUCAAAGAUCCCGCAAAACAGGCGCGCUAUGAAGAGUUUCUAAAAAGCAAAAAAGGAGAAGAAGCUUCUCCACAGGUUCAUGGCAGCGGUUUAACGGAAUGGGAAAGAGAACGCGAAAGGGAGGAAUUCGCCCGGUCUGCAUCCUUGUACAGACCUCUGAGUUCCACAAUGGCGGCCAGAUUUACGACGGCGACACAACAAGAUGAUCACAGAGUGGUUUACGAAGAUGUACCCGCUCAAGAAUCUUCAGAUUCUUCUGGGCAGGCACAGGCGGCUUCUAUGAAAAUGUUCGGAAAACUAACUCGGGAUAACUUCGAGUGGCAUCCCGAAAAUGUUUUAUGUAAACGGUUCAAUAUUCCGAACCCCUACCCGGGAUCUCACAUCGUAGGGGUCCCGAAGGUACGAAAGCCGAAGUUCACACUUGGAGAUUUCAUAGUACCUCGAGAACCUCGUGCGGUUACUUACGAACAUUCGUCAACGAGUGCUAACGACGAUGACAAGACGGACAAGUUCGGAAGCUCUACGGAAACGAUCAAUGCAAUCGACCGUCAGUCGAACCCUUCUGAUACAAAUUCGGUGAGUUCCGGUUUACCUUCGAAAACAGCUGUUGUGCCCGCUUCAGUAACGGCUUUAGCUAAUUCGGACAUUGUUAGGCCAAGAGAAUCAAAUGUUAAAGCUGAUGAAGAACAAAAGGGAGAGAAUUCUGUGCCAAAGCGGCCAGAUAUGGAUUUGUUCAAAGCGAUUUUCGCCGAUUCGUCUUCGGACGAAUCCGAGGCGUCAAGCGAUGAGGAAGAAGUCGGCAAAGAUGAAGGGACCGAAGAUGUAUCGAUUGCUACUUCGGAAAUCAAGUCUCCUGAAGAAGCUUCGCGGAGUCAUGUCGAUGAAAGAACCGAAGAAAACAGUUUGAGAAAUAAUGUUCUUCCAAAUGAUAAAACUGUCGAUAAAGAAUUGAACAUCAAACCGAUUGAAAAUGAGGAACAGAGACCGGUUGAAACGCAGAUUGUGGUCGCGAAAAAUACAGAGAUAGAGAGAGCGGACUCUUCUCCUGAAAAUUUCGGACCGGCCCUACCGCCAUCUUUUAGAAAGAUAACCCCUUCGAACUCUUUUUCCGGAGAAAAACGUUACGCUGACCUUAAGAAAACUAAGGACGACUCUGACCGGAGGAAACGCCAGGAUAAAUACGAAGAAACAAAGAAGCGUUAUUCUGAGUCUUCCGACAGCGAGGAAGAGUAUCGGGCUAAACAUAAACCCAGACAUAAAUCGAAGAAAAAACACAAACACAAGCACAAAAGUAAACGUCGAUACGAAGAAAAGGAGAGACUUGAACCGAAAACGAAGGGAAAGGACGAGUUAAGUAAACCUUUAGAACAAGGUCGCGCAUCAGAUGACAAACAAAUUCUUAACAAGUUGAAGAAUCUUCAGAAUUUGAAAACGGGAAAAAGAAUGCGUGCUUCUGAUUUCAUGUGAAAGAUCAGCGCCUCGAUGACGGCCUAGAUGUAAUUUAAAUUUCUCCCUUUCGGCUGUUAGAAUUUCCCUCUAAAUUAGUAGAGAGUGUUUGUGGCGCCGGAUGACUUGCGAGGAGCCAACGUCAUGCACAAUACCAAGAAAAUUUUUGUCUCGGCCUUGAUUGGUCUAUGAGAAAAAGCUGAAAUAGAUUAUACAGUAUAUUACAGGCGUUUUGUGUAGUACUCUA